AUGUUGCUUGUACUGGGGAUGAUUCUAGUACAGUUUAUGGGUGUCAGGACUCAAGAGGAGUCACUCAUUACUAUCCCAGCUGGACCAAUUAGAGGAACUUUGAACUCACUUGAAGAAUUCAAAUAUAUACCGCAAUUUCAAGGCAAAGAUCUGGAGUUCAGGACGUAUCUCGGAAUCCCAUAUGCCGAUCCUCCCGUUGGGGAUCUGAGAUUCCGACCUCCACGAGCGUUGACGACAACAUGGAAUGAGACAAGGAACGCAACAGAGUAUGGCAAAGUCUGCAUUCAGAAUCCUUUUAUAUACCAGUCACAAGGGGGCUCUGUUGACAACAUGUCAGAGGACUGUUUGACCUUGAACAUAUGGGCACCAGGGAAUGGGUCAGACUCGCAACCAAAGGCUGUCAUGGUGUGGAUACAUGGAGGAGGGUUCCAAUUUGGGGGAACUGAUAAAACGUAUGAUGGUACAGCACUUGGCGUGAUGGGAGAUGUAAUAUUUGUGUCUAUGAACUACAGAUUGAAUGUCUUUGGAUUUCUCAGCACAGGAAAUAGUGUAGUCCCAGGAAACAUGGGAUUGCUUGACCAGAAGCUGGCACUCCAUUGGGUAAAGGAGAAUAUAGCAAGGUUUGGAGGUGACCCAGAAAGGAUAACAAUAUUUGGAGAAUCUGCAGGUGCAACUGCUGUUACAAUACAGGCCUUUUCCCCACAAAACAAGGGCCUUUUUCAGCGUGUAAUCGCACAGAGUGGGUCUCUCCUUGCAUCAUGGGUCUUUAACAUGGAGGACACUGUUCCAUCAAUCAAAAGUAUGGGACAACAACUAGGCUGUAGUAACGACAGUAUGGUUAACCUAGUGGAGUGCCUACGUGGUUUAGAUGCCACUGAGCUGUAUGCUGCAUGUAAGAUUAUUUAUUAA